AUGAAUCGUCCCGGUGAGCUGGAACGCGAGGCCAGCAGCCUCGAGAAACUCGACCCGGAGAAGGUGUCGAUCAAGGACCUUACCGAAGCGGUCGACUUCGUCGAGGAUCCCAACUUUGAUCCAAAUGCCCUCGUUCUCGAAGACGACUCGCCAUACCCCGAAGUACGCUCCGCGGUGUCGAAUACUGACGACCCGGAAAUGCCUUGUGCAACUUUCAGGGCUUGGUUCAUCGGGAUUAUCUGGGCCAUUUUGAUCCCUGGUGUCAACCAGUUCUUCUUCUUCCGAUUCCCGUCGGUGUCCAUAAACUCCCUUGUCCCCCAACUGCUUUCCUUCCCGAUCGUCAAGCUCUGGGCUCGCUACGUACCCCGCGUGAAGGUCUUCGGGUACUCACUGAACCCGGGACCAUUCACCGUCAAGGAGCAUGUCAUCAUCGUGGUGAUGGCGUCUGUGGGUGCUGGCUCUGCGUACGCGACGGAUAUCAUCGCCGUCCAACGUGUCUUCUACAAUCAAGCGCCCACCUUUGGAUACCAAUGGAUGCUCGUCAUGAGCACUCAGUUGAUCGGCUUCAGCAUCGGUGGGAUCUGCAGGCGCUUCCUCGUCUCGCCCCCGUCUAUGAUCUGGCCAUCCAAUCUUGUCAGCUCAGUCCUCUUCAAUACUCUCCAUGCGAAGCAGACCGCCGGUUCUGAAGCACGGGGAGGUAUCUCUCGUGAACGGUUCUUCGCGUAUACGUGUUGCGCGUACUUCGUCUGGAACUUCAUACCUACAUACUUGUUCACCGCAUUGUCCGGCUUUGCCUGGGUAACUUGGAUCGCACCAAAUAACCUGAAGAUCAAUCAGCUCUUCGGGACUAGCCACGGCCUUGCGUUCAGUUUGAUCACAUUGGAUUGGGGUCAGAUAACAUUCAAUGGCUCUCCUCUUCCUGUCCCAUGGUGGGCAACAGCAAACAUCGCCAUGGCGGUCGUCGUGUUCUACUGGCUCGUCACCCCUCUCGUCUACUACUCAAAUACCUGGUUUACCGCAUACCUACCUAUGGUAUCCUCUCGAUCUUACGAUAACACCGGAAAGCCUUACAACGUCACGCGCAUCAUCAAUGCUGACCUCAGUCUCAAUGUCGAACAGUACAAGGCGUACAGCCCCCUCUUCCUGCCGGCUGCCUUCGCCCUCUCUUACGGCCUAUCGUUCGCGUCCAUUACUGCAACCAUCAGCAAUUUGGGAAGCGGUCUGAAGCGCCCUGUGGGCGUCUGA